UAAAGCCGUAGAGAACCAUUUAUGCGAUAACUCCACUUAUUUAAGUCGCGUCUUAUGUAAGUCGCGUCUUAUUUUGUCUCGUAUAAAUGGCCCUAUUGUAUCUGAUAUUCUUACUGUAUUCUUUUUGAAGUAUUUGAAGUACAUCAUUAAACGUUUGAGUGCAUUUUUGCCAUUCUGGCAUACGUGUAUGUUUCCUGAUAAUACUAAAAAACUUUGACGGCUUACAAUGUGCGAGUUUACAUGUAGUAUAUUUUGUCUAUUUGUUCUAGGUGAUGAGUGUUGUAGAAAAACAGAUAAAAGAAACUUUAAAGGAGAAACAACCGACCUUAGAUGUUUUUAAAGUAAUGUAUUAUAUAAUAUAAUAGGGAUCGUUUCGUCAACGCGACGACGGCUAUUCACUCAAUGAUAUUCCUUAUCUUGUAGAGAAGAACUGAAUAAUUAAAACCCCACGGCAGUUAGAGACAUUGCGUUAGCGCUUUUUACAUUAGCUAACUAUCAAGAAAAUGUUGUCACACUUGUUCUAUCGAGUUCAGUUAGAACGUUUUAAACGCUACAUAAUAAGAAUGGAGGCGGCCAUUUUGUUGUGAGCUCAUUAGUUAUUCUGCUCAUGUGAAUAUAGAGGCCAAUUAUAAACCAAUAUCUAUCAACUGUUAAGGCCCAUUUCCACUCAGGAAAAUUUUCCGCAGAAAGAGAAUUUUGUAAAUGUGAUUUAACAUUUCCAACUUUUAAAAAUAAUAUUUUCAGAAAAUUGCAAGUCUAAACGGGGCUUAAGCCAGGAUGUAACACAAAUACCUUUCCCAUAAAAGUCAUAACAUAGUGUUUUUCACAAAAUAAGUCAAUACACUUUUCGAUAAUUACAUCACGGGCAUCCAGGUAUUCAUUCACAAUUCAUGAUAACGAGGCUCCCGGGCCAAGAAAAUUCGUAUUGUAACCCAAUUAUCGAAAGGGUGUAUUUUCAGCAAGCAAGAUACAUUUGUAGAGCGGGAAGCACUUGUUGUGUCGUAUAAUAGUAUAAUACUAUUUUUGUAUGUCAUAUGAAACCUCCGAAAAAGUCAAUAUUUGUUCUGCCCAAAAUGAUUAUUCACUCCUCAUAUUAAUAUGGACAUGACUUAGGUUAAAACUCUUCAAUCAAAAUGGUACUAUCGUUUCUUUUAGACCUACAUAAACAACUUAAAAGUUGAUAAUAUCAUUGGUAUGAUCCAAGGAAGUGGUACAAGCAUAGACCUAAAAUCAAAACCUGUUGCGUAAGUCAUUAUUUGAAGUUACUGUAUAUAUCUUUCUCUCUAGUCUUAUGCGCGUUGCAGGCAUGCGCAAAUAAGCAGAUGUUUCAUGAUUUCGUGAACUUGUAUAGCUCUACAGUAUAAGAAUUAACCAGAAAACAAUGUAAAGUUUGAGUAAAAUGUAUAUAGUUUUUGAACAUUUUACCUGACAUGUGCGAUUUAAUUUUCAUGUAUACUUAAUGUAUACUUAAUUAAGCCACUUCCGGGCUAGUUCUCCAGCGGAAAGCUAAGUCUGCGUUUGCACAUGACGUACGAAAUAACAAAAGCUAAUUUUCCAACUUUUCGUCGGCCAACAGCCAAAUGAUUUUUCCGACGAUGGCAUUUGUCGAGCAAAUCGCAUCUGUUUACAAACAUAAUUUCGAUCAAAAACACCAAUGCUGGGCUGCCUAUGGUUAUAUGUAUGUUGAUUGUAUUUAUCUUCCCUUUCAUGGAAUCAUCAGCCAUUUACGAGAAAGAAUCGUACCAGAACUAAUAGAGUUGGUUAAAAACCAGGUACUGUAUAUUGUUGUAACAGUGUUUCACAUCAUCACAUGAAGAAUUGAAAUAAAUUCUUUUGAUGAUGAUUAUCACGAUGGUGAUGGAUGUAAUGAUAGGUGAUGAUGAUGUAAUAUGAUGUAAUAAUGAUGUAAUGUGAAUGUAUGUGAUGAUGAUGUAAUGAGAAUGUAAUGUUGAUGUAAUGACAAUGUGACGAUGAUUUAAUGAUUAAUGAUUAUGAUGCGAUGAUGAUGGCGAAGAUGAUGUGAUAAUGUGGUGGCGAUGACGACAGAUAAACUUUAAUUAACCACGCUAACGUUGCAACUAAAGCUAAUUUCCGCAAUGGGGGCGUGUGCUCAGGAAUUGAAACAAAUUUAGCAAAAAGUUUUUUAAUCUUUCUUCCAGAGACUGAAUCUCCUAGUAGAAGGCACAAGAUUUGAAAAACAAGUUGUAAGAAAAAAAGCAAAAGGUUGGUUUUCACCAAAUAUCGCUCACAUUUUCCACCUGCCGCCUUGCAUAUAGUUCUACCAAAGUUUAUAUAUUUAUUUUGUUUGGCAGAUAAUAAAUACUGGUACUGUAGAUUAUCCCAGAAUCGAAGAUUUCUUCAUUACGGCAGUUGCGACGAAGGAUCUAAACCGAACACGGACCAACUUCCCAACAAAUGUUAGUAUUUCACCAUGGAUCAUUUCACUAUUUAACGUUCAUCAUUUUAAGGGAAGCCUCACAUAUCGAUUUUGUCCACGAGAAACGUCAUAUGUUCGUUUCUCUGGAGACCCCCCCCCCCCCCCUUAGAAACGUCACACAUAGUUAUCGAUAUUUUGUUCUUAUAGUACACAUAAGGUAAUUUUCUACUAUUUUUUUCGGUCGGCUAUUGGCGAUGCUUCCGCUGAGGAAUAUGUCAUCUUCUGCUGACAUACUCUUUUUAUUAAUAUAAGUAUGAACUUCAAAAUUUCCAACGUUUCUCAAAACAACUUUUUUUGCAUGAAAUAUUGAUAAUUUUUGCGCGUUUUUUUUUUUUUUUUUUAAUUUGAGUGUUUUCAAUGCAAGGAAAGCGUAAUAAUAUAAAUGUAUAGGUAUAGAACAGGUAUGGUAUUACGAAUAUAUAGACUGCUGUUUGUAUCAAAUUGUUUUCUUUUUUAUAUUCUGCAAAGAUAAAAACUAUCGAAUUUUUCCAUGUUUACAGAGAAACGUCACAGCUGCCAACCCCCCCCACCCCAAACGAACAUAUGACGUUUCUCGUGGAAAAAAUCGAUAUGUGAGGCUUCCCUUAACUAUCCAUUAUUCAGUUAUAAUUUUAAUUAUGUCGAACAGUGUUUAUAUCUGUGUAUCAUUGCUAUGUCUAUACGGAGUUAUACCAUGGAUUCACUUUACUAAAAACGCUUCAACACCACGCUUCUAUUUUAUUACCAUUUACUAUAUAUUAUCAUUUUAAUAUUGAUAGGUUUAAGCAAAUGUUGUAAAUAACUUCAUAAUUCGCUUUCGAGCGCGACGAUUUUAUAAUAAACCCUUGACAAGUUGUUUGUAGAUCUGUAACAACUGUAUUUGUAUUUAGUCUCUCUCGCCGAAAUAGAAGAUUUAAAGACUGGGGCAGAUUGCCCUCACACACAAGAGGCAAUAAAAAUAAAAAAGGUAGAGGGCGCAUUUAAGGGACCGGUCAUAAAGUAACUGCUAGGGUGGGCUGGAGUGAUUUGGGAUGGGCCAUGGAAAAUCUUUGGGCAGUUUCGAUGGGCCGCCAAUUUUUUUGUAUGUCCACGGUUGGGCCAUCAUCAAACAAAAACCAAUGCAUGUCUACUUCAAAAAAAAAAGAUAUUAAUAAUAAAGUAAACAAAACUAUCCAAAUUAUCAAAUGCAAAUGAUGCUAUUGAAGCCAGUACUUUGUUUAUACAACAACAAAUGGUCGAAUUACAGCAAAUACAACCAACUGGAGAGCAGCUCAGUAUCAAUGUGUUAGUCAAGCUUGGUGGAAUUAUGUGUGUCAAUACAGCGCCGUGUAUAUUUACAAUGUUCAUACCUGCAAGUUUUUUAUUAUAAAAGUGUAUUUUCCCAAUUUAGAUUGCGUGGGUCAUGAAAUUUUUUUUGUAAGAUUAGAUGGGCUUUGAAAUUUUUAUCUACAUCCUAAGAUGGGUCACGGAACUUAUUGGCAAAAUUUGUGAUUUACCUCCAGCCCACCCUAGCAGUUACUUUAUGACCAGUCCCUUAUUGCAACUUGACAUUCAUUCACGUACUGUAUAAUAAUUGAUUAUAUAAUUGAACUGCUUGGAGCAACCUUUGUCCCGUUCUAUAUCUGAUCACAUUAUCUUUCUUGCAGACCCCUGUCCAUCUAGCGUUUUCACUUAUUAUGAAAGAGAAGGCUCCUUUAAAUUUCAUCGCUCCCAAUGAAGAAGCGGUAAGUACCAUGUGUUCGGUGUUCCUAUAGUGCUUUCCGCACUAACCUGUCUAUAACUAUAUAUUGUUGAACUCUGCACUCCGAGAAAGUUAGCUUGAUAUAUUACACGCAUCUGAUGGCCCCUUAAUCUAAUGCCUGCAUGGUAUUAUAUUUUUUUUCUGCAGUUCGACCUUUGGGUGGAUGGUUUAAGCAUUUUAAUUGGGAAAAGUGUAAGUAUAUAAACUGUUACUGGUGAUUUUUUGGUUAAAUUGGACCGAUUGACCACAUUUACAUUGGACCGAUUGACCGCAUUUAUUUUAUACAAGACGCCGUAGACAUCUAUACACAGAGUAAAUACCAUACAGAAGUUUCAUUUAUUAAUUUCAGCGUAAGGGGGAUUUUUUCAGUCCGCCAUGUUCUUAGCAAGUGCCCUAAAGUGAAGAUGUCACCCCCCCUGAAAACAUAUUGAAAUUUAAUGUUCCAGGGGGGUGAGAGCCUCUCUUUAGGGUACUUGCUAAUAACAUGGCCGCCAGAUAUGCAUGCGCAGUAAAAAACUAUACCUAACCUUACGUUUUUCUCGCGAUGUGCGACCCAGGCACGGAUUUUCUGGGGAGGGGUGCGCACCCCCCCAGAAAUGAUUUGCACCCACCCACCCCCAAAGGCAUGUGGCACCCCCGCAAAUUACAUAUAUUUUGAUUUGAUAGUUUCAUAUUUGAUUAU